AUGAAGCAGGGACAGCGAGUGUCUGAGCUGGGAGCGGCUACCAGCAGCGCCAUAGACUCGAGGGAAUCGUACGACUACACCUCCUGCUGCCAGCGGCACAACGUCUCGGACAGCUGCAUCGGACUCUGCAACUUAUACGGUCUUCACAACGGUAACCAGUCGGAGGAGUCUGACUGUGAGGCCGACUUCCCGCACAUCAUUCAGUGCAUGGCCGACGGCCGGAACCACAUGCCGUGCUGCGAGGAGCAGGGCGUUCCGGCCAUGUGUAGCGGGAUCUGCCGCGGUCAGUACGUCACCCAGCGGGACAGCAUCAAGGAUCACUUCAGCUGCGUGGCCUUCUCCAGCAUCAUGCUCAACUGCGUCGCUCGGGGUCUAGACACUCUACCCUCGGCGCCGCGGAAUAUCCAAGUAUCCGUCAAGUCCCUUACCGAGCUGCAGGUCACGUGGUCUCGGCGUCGCACGAACGCCCCGCCCCCUGACCUCUUUACGGUCAACGUGACCCGCUUGAGGCGAUUUGACGGCAACAUGCUCGGACUGGAUGUCAAUGGGACCGAGCUGGGAGUGACGCAGGCCCAGGACACGCAGCUUUAUAAUGUAACCGCCGAGCGAAUGUUCCUCGUAGCCAACUCUCUACAGCCUCUCACCAUGUACGAAAUAUCGGUGACCGCCCACAACGCCGCCGGCAGUAGUUUGACCUCAGACCGGGUCAGGGCGGUCACGUGGUUAUCAGAGACCUAUAACUCGGAUGUGAGCCUGGCGCCCGGCCUGCCGGAUGUGCGACAGUGCUGCGAGGACUCGGGGGUGACUGAGCCGAGGUGUUUGCGCCAGCUGUGUGACCCGCGCGUGGCCAGCGACACGGUAGUCACUGACGUCAUCAUCUGCGCUCCGUGGGCCGAGAAGACGUUUGCUUGUAUGGCUGAUGGGAGGGACCACAGUGCGUGCUGUCGCGCCCGAGGCCUGCCACAGAUCUGUGUCGAUCUGUGCGCCGGAAAUGUCACCAAAAUCGACUUCAGAUACUUCCGGUGCCUGGGCUUCAUGGGAAGCUACGCCUCCUGUCUGAUGCAAGGCUACGGCGUGGUGCCCUCUGCUCCGGUGGACCCGCGAGUGGCACUCGCAGAGAGCUCAUUUGCGGUUUUGCGCUGGAAUCCGCCCGGCACGCUGGCUGAUACCGUUACCAGCUACACCGUGGUGUACCGUUCAAGUUUCCCUGAAACGGAAAACGACACAGCCUACAAGACCAUACUGGACGUUCAUUCGCCGUUCCUCCUGGGUGACCUGAAGGCUGAUACCGACUACGAGUUUUACGUGGAAGCGGUCAACCAGCGGGGUGCCGGUCCUCAGAGCUCCAGGGUGCUGUUUAGAACGAUGCCGGAGAAGAUGUUGGUGCAGGAGGCCACCGAGAGCUCCUACAACCUCAGUACCUGCUGUAUGAUGGCGGAGAUGAGCCUGGCCUGUCUGCCUCUCUGCCACUAUAACGCGCGGAUGUCGACUAUGAAGGGCCUGGCGCACAUCUGCGCUCCCGAGUAUCAUAAGCUGCUCCGCUGCUCUGCCGGCGGCCGGGACCACACCGCCUGCUGCGAACGCCGCGGAGUGCCCACCAACUGCCUGGGAGCAUGCCGAGGCGAGGGCACACUGGCCUCUGAGUGUACUCCCUAUCUGGGAAACCUGUGGCAGUGCUAUGAAGAAGGCACGGGUCGUCUGCCGGCACCUGUGACCGGACUUCAUGUGACUGGAGUGACGAAUCAUAGUGUGAUGCUGAUUUGGGAGGAACUCGAGGGCAACUUCACCGGAUUCCGGGUAAAGUACGGUAUCAUCAAUGCUGAGAGCAGGAAUAAACUCGGAAUGGAACAGCUCACCACG